GGAGGCACAUGCAGAGUGUGAGCAUCUCUUCCUGGCAUUCCGGCUGUCAGUUGAGGAAGACAGAGAAAGUAAGGAAAAUACAAGAGUGAUACCAUCAACACACUUUUGAGAAGCAGGCACAAGUUUUGGGUAUCUCAAACCAUACGGUUCAAAGAGGUGAUUCUGUGGAAACGCUGGACUGGCACUUACUGUUGCAGAGAGCUUUCAACGUUGUCCAUCGAAGAGCAUCUGAGAGUUUAACCUUCACUAGCCGCAGGCAUGAACUUCCUCCGUCGUCGCCUCUCUGACAGCAGCUUCAUUGCCAACCUGCCCAGUGGCUACAUGUCAGACCUCCAGAGACCAGACCCACCUCCACCACCUCCUCCCACUGCCAGCACCACCAAGGCCCCUGCCUCAGGACCGACUCCUGCCCCAACAGCCCCUCCUGUGGCCAAGUCCCCCACCAUUUCCCCGGCACCUGAGCGUCGUCCGCAGCCGCCCCAGUCCACCGGGACGGGAUUCUUCAGCUCCAUCACCAACGUGGUGAAGCAAACGGCUGCCUCUGCAGGACUCGUGGAGCAAAGUGCCGCACCAAUGUCACGGAAGUUCAAGAUACUCCUGGUCAUUGACGAAACCCAACAUGAAUGGGUGAAUAUAUUUCACGGAAAGAAGGUUCAAGGAGAUUACGACAUCAAAGUUGAGCAGGCAGAGUUCUCUGAGAUCAACCUUGUGGCACAUGCUAAUGGCACAUGCAGUGUGGACAUGCAAGUCAUAAGAAAUGGAACCAAAGUGGUUCGGUCCUUCAAGCCUGACUUUGUCUUGGUCCGACAGAAUGCUUUCAGCAUGACCCAGAAUGAAGACUUCCGCAAUAUAAUCAUCGGCUUGCAGUAUGCCGGAAUCCCCAGCAUCAACUCACUGGAGUCAAUCUACAACCUGUGUGACAAACCAUGGGCUUUUGCUCAACUGAUCAGCACCUACAAGAAGUUGGGACCAGAUAAAUUCCCUCUAAUUGAUCAGACAUUCUAUUCAAACUACAGGGACAUGAUCUCAAUGCCGACAUUCCCUGUGGUGGUGAAGAUUGGACAUGCCCACUCUGGAAUAGGAAAGGUGAAAGUUGACAAUCACAGUGACUUCCAAGACAUUGCGAGUGUAGUGGCCAUCACUCAAACCUACACAACCACUGAACCUUUCAUUGAUGCUAAAUAUGACAUCAGGGUGCAGAAGAUCGGGUCUGACUACAAAGCUUAUAUGAGAACGUCCAUCUCUGGCAACUGGAAAUCAAACACUGGUUCUGCCAUGCUGGAACAAGUAGCCAUGACUGACAAAUACAAGCUGUGGGUGGACGCCUGUGCAGAUGUGUUUGGAGGUAUGGAGAUCUGUGCCAUUAAAGCCAUACAUGGAAAGGAUGGAAAGGAUUACAUCACUGAGGUGGUGGGCUCUUCAAUGCAGCUCAUUGGGGAACAUCAGGUGGAGGACCGGCAGCUGAUAUCUGCGAUUGUCCUGGCCAAGAUGAACCAAGAUAAAAGCCGCACCACACCUCGUCCCCCACAAAGACCUCCAACCACUGUACAACCUGCACAGAGCACUGCCUUAAAGGAAAGCCUCCCAGACCCCAACAAGACCCCCGGUCAACGGCCCCCUCCACAAGGGGGGGCAGUGAAACCCCAAGAACCACAACCUAAGUGUCAAGAACCUCCACCCGAGCCAGUCCCUGCCCAGGAACCUGCGGCCAAAGCAAACCCACCCCCAACUUUUCCACCCACCAAUCAGCAGCCCAAAGCCCAGGCUCAAGCAGUACCCAAACUCACUCCAGGGAAGCCAACGGAACUGCCCCUGAAACCCCAACUUCCCAAACCACUUCCCCCAAAACCUGUACCUCCAGUUCGGAGAAAUUCCAAGCCUCAGAUCCAACCAAAGCCCCAAACCCCACCCCCAACUAAGGCCCAUCCAAAAUCCCAAUCUGACAACACAGAUCAGAAUCCUGGUCAAACCCAGGUAGAUCCGGUCCUUGCAAAAGAGCAAUCCCUAGCCAAGUUUCCUGUCAAGCCCUCAUCACCAACUAAACCUCAGCUCCAGCCUAAGCCUGUGCUCAAAGAGCAAUCAAAACAUGAAGCCCGAGCUCAGAUCGCUGCCCCCUCUGAAGUAUCCUCUGCCCUUUCUAGAGCAGCUCCUACCCCUGCUCCUACACAAGCCCAGGCCCAUGCUGCCCCAGUGAAACCCACCCCAGCCCAGCCUCCUGUAGAGGAACAACCUGCACCACAGCAGAAGUCAGCCCAUCCUCUUCUGAAUAAAUCCCAGUCCUUGACCAACGCAUUCAAUGCCUUUGGCGAAACCUUCCGUUCCAGCAAUGAGGAUGAAGCCAAGGCGGAGACCAUCCGAAAUUUGCGAAAGUCUUUUGCAAGCCUAUUCUCUGACUAAUGACACACUACUGCCCAAAGGGUGGCCAGGGCUUGAUUGACAGAUAUGCAUCCUGGUCUGAGGUUAAUUUCAUGUAACUAUAUAUUUAACCCCUCCUCCCAACUCUGCUGUACCUAUCCAAGUGUCAGUUAAGAAGUGGAGAGUGAUGUACAAGUGAUUGUUCUCACAAGAUGUUGGUGUGUACAUUUGUGAGUCGCUCUGCCUUGAAACACUGGGAUUUGUGUGAGGGGAUGGUUCUUAAGCGAUCAGUUACAAAAGGCUGGUGUAUGCUGAAAUUUUCCAGAACCCCUCAGUAUUGUAGCCAUAUCAUGAUAGUGUGUUUUCAUGACCUACAGAAAAAUAUUUGUGACAAGUUUCCCUUGUUUAUCCCCUGUAGUGUGUGUGUGUGUGUGUAGUUGGUGUGUUGUAAGCAUUAGCCAAUAAGACAUUAGUUGAACAAUACCUUGGGAUCUUUAUAAAAGCAUUUUCCUAUACUAGUUUCCAACAAUAAUCGAUUCUUGGACUGGUCGGUUUUAAUGCAGCAGUGGCGUUUCAGUGGAUGCCUGGUGUUUUAGUGACAGAGCUUGUGUCCAGCAUUUAUCAACUUGUCAAGAUAUUCAUGUGUGCCAUGUUUAUAGUAUCUCUACAUAUUGUAUUGUAUGUUAAACAUCUCAGGGGUUAAAGCUGAAUAUAUGUUUAUUUCCAGCGUCACAUUGUUCAUAUGUUUUCUUUGUGUGCAGUGAUAUUGCAUUGCAUGACCCGGUGACGACUGUUAUUUCUGUGAAGUGUCAAUAAACAUGUGGCGCAUCAUUCCACUGAUAUACUGGCGUGCUCUGUCCUGUUCCCAUUUGCAUUCUGCUCAUUAUCUGUACAUUCGGCUGAAUCUUUGAGUGGCAACAUUUUAUGCAUGUAUCUAACUUUUUUGCAGUAUAUGUUUGUUUCUUUAUGUUGUUAGAUCCAGAGGCCCUAACCUGUAAGUACAAACACCAUUACCCAAAGAAUUGUGGG